AUGAAAUUACUUAAUUUAUUCAUAUUAGGAAGUUCAAUAUUUGCUUUUGCAAAUAGUUUAGAUCCAGCUGGUGAGAUUUUAAUUGUCCCGUCUCAAGUUCAGAUGCCAUUAUCAAAACAUAAACCUCUGGAAGGUUUGUAUUUGAGGGAGUGCACUACUGACUGUGGUUUAUGUACAGUGAGUUGUAUGGAGCAUCCUAGAAGUUGUUGCAUAAAAAAUAAAAGACAUAGUGGUAAAUAUAGCGAGAAGGAACUCGGUGCAACUAAUGAGAAAGAUAGAAGUUGUAAGAAGUCUAGUAAGGUUAAACAACUAGAAUUAGGACCAGAACUAGGACCAGAACUAGGACCAGAACUAGGACCAGAACUAGGACCAGAACUAGGACCAGAACUAGGACCAGAACUAGGACCAGAACUAGGACCAGAACUAGGACCAGAACUAGGACCAGAACUAGAACCAGAACUAGAACCAGAACUAGAAACAGAACUAGAAACAGAACUAGGACCAGAACUAGGACCAGAAUUACAACCAGAAUCAGAAAUAAUUAUUGUUGAACAUAAGAAGUGUUGUAAGAAGUGUUGUAAGAAGAAGACAAGAAAUCUUAAGUCUGUAAGUGAACCAGUUAUUUACGAAAUUCAACAGCCAGAGCCAGAGCCAGAGCCAGAGCCAGAACCACAACCAGAGCCAGAACCACAACCAGAACCACAACCAGAACCACAACCAGAACCACAACCAGAACCACAACCAGAACCACAACCAGAACCACAACCAGAACCACAACCAGAACCACAACCAGAACUACUAGAACCAAUUAUUUGUAAAGUUCAACCUAAUAAAGUAGUGUAUAAGCCUGAAGUAGAGUGUCAAUCACUGCUUUGUGAACCAGUUCCAAUUGUUGUUAAGGAACAGAAAUGUUGUUCAGGCAGGAAUAAAGAUGGAAAUUUCAGAUAUUUACCUAAGGACCAAAGUUAUGAGAAGUUAUCAGCUGUAAGAUGUAAUGGCACUGUAUAUGUAGAGCAGUCAUCUUCCAUUCCUAAAGAGAUGGUAUUUGUACAACAACCAAUAGUACUUACUUCCAAGAGUCACUCUUGUUUCAGGCGUUCUAAAUGUAGUGGCAAUACCAAGAAUGAGAAGUGUUUCAGUGGAUUCUCAAAGAAGAACCGAGUUCUAUUGGGAGAUCAAACUCAAGAGUUCAUUAUUAUUCAACCACAAGAUACUCCAUUAGAAAAGGAAGUUAUAGUAGUUCAACCACAAGAUACUCCAUUAGAAAAGGAAGUUAUAGUAGUUCAACCACAAGAUACUCCAUUAGAAAAGGAAGUUAUAGUAGUUCAACCACAAGAUACUCCAUUAGAAAAGGAAGUUAUAGUAGUUCAACCACAAAAGACUCCAGUAGAAGAGGAAGUUAUUCUCCCACAAAGGACUCCAGUAGAAGAGGAAGUUAUUCUCCCACGAAGUACUCCAGAAGAGGAAGCUAGAACACGAAAGCCCAAAAUUAUACUAGUGGAAGCAGUAGAUUCAAUGCCUAAGCCAAUUAAUGAAACUACUACUCUAGUAAGGAAACCAGCUAGAUUACCAAGAUACUUUGUAUCUGGUGAUGAUAUAUUGGCUAUUGUUCGUGAAAAGAAGUAA